UGACGAUCACUGUACCUAUAUAAAAAUUGACAAGUAAACAAAAUAGAUCAUUGAUACUUAUAACUGACAAGACUCAGAUUUCAAAAUGGCAGUCCAUAAUAAACUAUUGUUAGCCUCUAUUAUCACUGUUGUGGUGGUUGUAUUAGUUUCGUUUGGACUCAGUGCUGUAAGCAGUUUAGAUGACCCACCUAUCCACCUUUAUAAACAUAACAUGAGUUAUCUCUCGGACAAGUAUCAUCAUGGUGUGAAACCUGCAGCUUGGACGUUCAGUAUAUGGGGAUUGAUUUACUUCUGGCAAGCUUUGUGGUUAAUAUUUGCUAUUGUGAAUGUAUUUAGAAAAGUCGAUGACAUUCCAGCCUACAUCAAUCCCGUAAUUCUACAACCAUCUUUAUUUUUUGUAUACGCUUUCAAUUACUGUCUCACUACAGCUUGGUCAUUUGUUUUCGACAGGGAAAUAUUAGAGGCCUCAUUUGGAAUCCUUGUCGUUGUGCCCUUUACUUUAUAUUUUUGUCUAUUUGUCGCUUAUAAAAAGCUUGCCGAGCAUAAUCAAAUAUUGUCCAAACAAGGGCGUCAUAUAGAAAUAUGGUUACAUCGCAUCUUCGUCCACAAUGGAUUAGGUAUUUACGCUGCAUGGACAACUAUCGCUGCCCUGUUAACUUUAACUACCUUGUUAAUAUAUAGAUGUGAUGUCGACUACGAGACAGCAGGUACAAUUUCAUUGGGUGUAUUAUCCGCCGAAUUUGCAAUUUUUGUCGGAACAGAUCUAUUUUUAUUUGACAGAUUUUCUCGUUAUACACUAACACCCUAUUUAGUUGUGCCUUAUGCUCUUGGUGGAGUCCUAUCAGAAAAUUGGAAUUCCCAGAAAACAAACUCUAUAUUUAGUGCAGCUCUCCUUGGAAUAGGACUGGCAGCUAUUGUUUUGAAAUUGAUAAUGAUGUUCAUGCGUCAUUGCAGAAAAUCUAAAUCCGAAGAUCUUAUCAAAAGCUCUUCUGUUGAGCCUUAAAUUGAAUCUCCGAUGUUGGAAGAAAAUUUUAAUAUCCCAAACUGUCCCGUAUGUUAUUUUGUUCUUUGUACAAUCUUUUAUAACGUUAUAAAUGUUUUUGUUGAGAACAUGCAUCUGGUGUACUUAUUUUAGGUCAGUAUACUUUGUUGACUCUGGUAUUGAAGGUAUUAAAAAUGAGUAUUAUAUU